UUCUUAAAUUCACCAAUGUAAAUAGUGGAAUCUGACAGUACUUAAAUGGCGGACGACUUGCAUAAUUAUAAGCUACAAUUGCAACAAGUGGAGGCAGCUCUUCAAACUGAUCCAGAGAAUGAAGAGCUAUUAAAACUCAGAAGUGAUCUUGACGAAGUUAUUACCCUUACUCGUGAUCUGAUACAAACUCAACUGGAAGAACAACAUAAAUCUUCAUAUGUGGAGCCAUCAUCAACCAAAAGAGCUUCGUCCAACUAUUUCGACGAAAUAGAAGCAGCUCUAUUAGAGGCAGAAAAAUUAGUUUCAGCUGCUAAGAUUUGGAAAAAAGGAGACAAGUGUCAAGCUAAAUGGAAGGAGGAUCGUCAGUACUACGAUGCAACUAUUGAAGAUAUAUCAAGUACAGGAGAAGUUAAUGUAAUAUUUGAUGCCUAUCAAAAUCGAUCUACGACCCACGUCAACGAGUUGCGUGAACGUACUAUUCGCAACGAAGUUUUUCCGUCAAACAAGCGUCACAGGCCCAAUCAAAAGGAAUAUUUAAAAAAACGUAAACAAAAAAAGCAACAGCGCUUCAAGGACUUGGAAGAGGAACGAGAAUCAGACAAGAACAAAUGGCUUAAUUUUAACACCAAAAACCAAAAAAAAAACGGAAUGAAAGCAAGAAGUAUAUUUGCGUCUCCGGAUAAUGUAAGCGGCAGAGUAGGAGUCGGCACUUGUGGAACUGCAGGAAAGGGCAUGACAGAUUUUACUGUAGGUGAAAAAUAUAGAAAAGGUCUUUAGAAUAUUAUUGAUUAUACGGCACAAUAAAAAUGUUCAUAAAAAUAUUAGAAAACAAUUAUAAUAAUAAUCUUUAUAAUGAAAUAUAUUUUUGGGCAUGCUCCGGUUUUCAAAUUCGUAAGAAUUUUUCGAUUUGUAAAACGGGUACUUUUGUCUGCCCGAAAUGAAAAGUAAAUGCCGCCGCUUAAACAGCUGUUUAGUAAACAUUCCGAUAUCAACCAUAUUGCGAAAACCAGAGCGCACCUAAAACGAAAUCGAAAGAUUUGCCCAAACCGAAACCCAAAAAAAAAUUACGAUUACUGAAGCAUGCCUGAUUAAAAAAUUUUA